AUGGCAAUGGCGGAAGUUGCAGCCACUCCGUCACAUACCUCGGCUGCCGGGGCCACGGUUCCUGCAGUUGCAGCCAGCUCUUCUCGGUCAAAAAGUCCGCUUCUGUUCGCCUCGUCGUCUUCUACUCCACGUGCGAACCUACAUACGCAUCAGCAUCCACACUCGCAGGUCAAUAACGACCAACGUCAACAACCCGUGCAGUCACAAUACAACCCUACGAGUUCCCCCGGCGAUGGGAGCUCAUCCUCUUUCUUUUCGCAUCAUCAGCGACUAUCCCCGCCGAGCUCGAUGCUACUCUCUACAUCAGGAGAGAACAUACCCCGAGGUCUACCACCAAUUGUUUCGCCAAUGACUAGCGCAAGUCAACCAGGACCUUCGGUAAAUGAUCCUCGGCAACCAAUUUCACCAAGAACAGUAUCAAUGGGGUUGAGUGACUCGGCGCAAGGAUUGGAUGGUAUUUCUGGUGAUACAGCACCGCGAAAAAGAUCUAAGGUGUCGCGCGCUUGCGAUGAGUGUCGUCGUAAAAAGAUACGAUGCGACGCGACUUCGGAGUCAGGGGUAGAACAGUGUUCGAGUUGCAAGCGAGUAGGAUCAAAAUGUUCAUUUAGUAGGGUACCUAUGAAGCGAGGGCCAAGCAAAGGCUACAUCAAAGAAUUGGCCGACAGAUUAAACACCCUUGAGAAUUCUAUUUCUACAGGUGAUCUACAUUCGUACGGCUCGGGUAUGACGGGUGAAGGAGACCAUUCACCGGGGCCAUCCGACUCUACGUCUCCACCGCCGAAUGGACCCCCCAGCGCAUCAAAAAGUCGAAAGCGAGCGCUCUCUUCUUCAAGCGAUUUCCAAACCUCGAUGCACCUCCAACCUUUAUCGCAACCCACAGGUAGAUCAAACGAAAGACUACCGUCUAUAGAUUCCUUUCAUCCUACAAACCAGCAUCAACAUCAACAAAGAGCGCAACAUCUGCAGCACGAACCCCAGCCACAACGACAGCUGCCCCACCCCCAGCAGCAGCCCCCGCCUCCGCCCCCUCUUCCACCUCCUCUCACUCACCCGCAUCAACCGCAACCCCACCAAUCACCUCUCCAGCCCCCAUCAUCUACGUCUGAGAUGCCGUCGGGAUAUCGAACUAUCUCUCCAACCAGUAUGAGCCAAUAUUGGAAGGGGGGAUCAGAUGUUGGCGGCCGGCGCCAGAGCGUUAGUUUCCCUUUUGAUGCGCCCGACAUGCAACGAUCGGCGGCGAGCUCGACGCCAGUUGACCUGUGUGGGUUUGACUGGGAUGACCAAGCUAUUGAUCAGUACUACGAACUCAUACAUCCCACCUUUCCGUUGCUACCACAUUCAAAAGACCGUUUGCAUCAACGCCUAGCUAAUAGCUCUCUCUCUGUCCGGGAAGCUUUCCUGGAAGCACUUUAUUCUACCGUGCGAACAAACUCAUCUUCAACUCUUCGGGCAAACUCACCAGUAGCGAAUGCGAAGAGGGUGUGUGAAUUGACUGUGGCAUCUCAGUUCGAAAACCCCGCUCCGAUAAUCACGGACCGGCAACCAUACAUGGGCAAUUUGGGCCGCCGAAAGCAGCGUGGCUUGGCGCAGCUACGGGCAUGGGUAGUAUUAUUUGUGUUGGACCGUUGGCAUGCGAUAAGCACCUCAAGCCCACUAUUCAUACCAGACUCAAGCUUCGCCUUUGUACCUGAUGAUCAGAAAUUGCUUGGGUUGGCCCCAUACUAUAUUGCACGUCUCUCCUAUAUUUUGGGGCAUCUCGCAGAAGCAUUUACUAUCACAGUCGACUCGGCAUCGGCGGCGCCAUUCAAGCCUAUUAUUUCAAAAAUCCUUCGUAGCGAGCUCGAGCUGUUUCGGGAAAGCGUGGAUGAUAUAUGGGGCUCCUUAAAGCUUCUCCAUAUAGCAUACCAUCAUGUUAAGCUUUUAACUCUUCGACUCAAUUCGGCAGAACCACAUCAGCUUUUAGGCCCUGCUCAGCACAUCACAGUCAUGCUGGCGAAUCCCCAAAUACCUACCAUGCCGCUAAACCAUCAUUUUACUGCACUUUCUCUCAUGACUCUCAUGGAGUUGAGCGAGAUUCCAGAAACAAGAGAUGAGGCUUGGAAAGGUAUUCAGCAGCUUGCAGAUACAUUGGAAGAUCGUAAGGGUGUUGCUACCAAGGAAGAUAAUUUGGGAUGGGACUUUACUCUCAAGGAUUUGAUCAAUAAACGGAAACAGGAACGGUUUGGUAAUUCUAAUCCUGGUAUGUCAGAUAUACCACCUGGGCACGGCAGUCUACAACAUUUGGCAGAAUUGGCCGUCGGCGAGAGAAGUCCAACUGGGACACCGACGAAUCCACUGAAUAAGCAGUUGGAUACGGAGCGGCUGCAGAAGCAUGGAUAUCUGGGUUCGGUACUGUUGUAA